AACUUGUGGGAUGCAUGGAAGUUGGGGAAGGAGCUUCCGUAUGGGAAUCGAUAUCGCGAGCUGGGCAAUCAGACCACAAAACCAAAGAGCCCCUCCUUGCUGGACAAGAACCGAACCCGGAAGCUCUGGCAGCACACAAUGGCGUCGACAGCUGAGCCCGCGGUGCGCGCAGCUCUUGCGACGCUGUGCCGCCCAUGUUCUCGGCAAACGGCGAGGCAGCUGGCCCCUCGCGCAGUCCCGCGCCGCCUAUACGCCGCUUCUGCGAACAGCCCACGGCGAUCAGGGGUCGCAGCGGCAGCAGCAGCAACAGCACCCGCAACGCCCAGGUGUAGCAGCCAUGGCGGCGCCCGCACGCCCCUCUCAGCCCACGGCCACGGGCCCCGACAGACCAGCGCCUUCUCCUCGCAAGCGUCGGCCGCCGCCGCCACGUCGGAUGCGCCGCAGAAGCGGGUGCUCCGCGCCGACGACCUCUUCCACCCCUUCACCCGCUCGCCCAUCCCCGAGAUCCGCCAGCGCGCCGCCUACAUCCGGCAGCACGCCUACUGCCCGCACCCGGACCACCGCAUGGCGCGCAUGCAGGGCGGCGAGCUGCUCCCACCGGCCGAGGGCGCCAGCCUAGCCCCGGCCCACGUCGACUUUGAGUGCCCGGACUGCGGCAUCCCGGUAGCCUGCAGCAAGGAACACUGGGCCGACCAGUACGAGGCCCACCUCGAGGUCUGCGACGUGCUACACCAGAUCAACGAGGACGAUCAUGAUCUGCGGUCCGGCCGCUUCUUCCCCGAGUUCGAGUACGCGGGCCCUCAGAUGGACGAGGCCCUCGUCAACAUGACCAACUGGGACACUUUGCUGUACACCAGGGGGUUCCACGCCAUCAACGACGACCGCAGCAUGCGCCAGGCCACGCGCCUCCUGACCUACCCGCUCACCAUCGCUAGCAUCCUGCACGAGCUCAGCCCCUAUCACAUCCGCCCCGGCGGCCGCCUAACCCCUGAGGGCCUGAAGAGCCUGAGCGCCUUGCGCUACACGCUCCACCCGCCCAAGACGGGAGGCGACACCACCAUCAAGGGCCUGCGGCGCGAGGCCCCCGCCGUGCGCAUCUUCAUCCUGGGCGCGCGCGCCGAGUCGUCGCUGCCCCGCAACGUCUGGGUACAGCUGUCGCACCUGUUCCCCGGCGCGCGUCUGCACCUCGUCUUCGUCGGCCCGGAGAGCAUGGCGAACCGGGACGACGAGUUCCCGCUCCCGGCCCGGACGCCCGAGAACCCCUUCGGCGCCGUGGUCGAGGAUCGGGUCUGGCACAGUAUGAAGAUCAGCACCAUGGUGGACUACUGGCACACCAUCCACCGCACCGGCCUCUUCCACCCGCACGACCCCUACUUCGACUGCUUCGUUCUCUUCCACCCGGGCCUCGGCCACCCGGCCACGGCCCACGAGUGGGCCGAGACGGUGCCCAUGCUGCUCGAGACCAAGGCCCCCCAUAAUCUGCACGGGCUACACCAGCCGCGACAUGGAGCGCGACAUCGACUGGGUCCACCGCACCGCCGCCGGCGAGUUCGACAUCCUCAUGGAGCCCGGCGAGAACACCUUCCGCAGCCUGCGCUGGGACCUCAACGACCUCGACCCCCAAGACGUCAACUGCGGCAACUGGGGCGUCUGGGCCUUCCGCGGAAAGAGGUACGAGACAGCAAGAAAGGAUGAAUCCGGGACCAUACAAGUAUGAGCCUUGGCUUGAUAUAACAUCGCCGGCUAGAGUUCGCUACAUGCGCCCGUAGGCCACAAGUGUAGAUAUGUUAUGUGUAUAUUAAGUAAGACGUGAAUGGCGGACCACCCUGCUUGCUUAUCAUGUCUGUCAAAUAGAGACGUGCAAUCUGAAUGAAGCGGGCAUCCAUGUCAUGGCAUUCGCGUCUCGUGCUUGAUGGUGGAAAAACGACAACGCGGCCAGUGCCAAAAAUACGGAGACCGGCCGGCAAUUGAGAAACUUGUAGAGGCGGUAUUGAACAUACAACAUGAAAUAUACAGGACCUCCCCGCAGCCCGCUCGCCAGGUCAAACAACAAGCGCGACUGACGCGCAUGAUUAGAAACCCU